ACAUGGCCAUCGCACACGUAGCUACAGAAUACGUGUUCAGCGACUUCCUGCUGAAGGAGCCGAACCAGGCCCGGUACCGCAGCGUCCGGACGGAGCUGGCCGUGGACAAGAUGGUGACCUGUGUGGUGGUGGGGCUGCCGCUCCUCCUCAUCUCGCUGGCCUUCGCUCAGGAAGUCUCGGUCGGGACUCAGAUCAGCUGCUUUUCUCCCUCUAACUUCUCGUGGCGGCAGGCUGCUUAUGUGGAUUCAUACUGCUGGGCGGCUGUUCACACACACACCCUCCCUCUGUGGCUACAUAAGUUCUUUCCUUACGUCCUGCUGCUGGUGGCGGUCCUGAUGUACGCCCCCGCACUGAUCUGGAGGUUUGUAGCGGCGCCGCUCCUGCAGUCGGACGUCAGCUUCAUCAUGGAGGAGUUGGAUCGCUGCUACAAUGGCGCUGUCACUUUGGCCAAACGCUUGGCGACGUCAGGACUGCUCAUCUCGGACAGCGACCUGACCGAGGGCUGUUUUAACUACCCGCUGGUGGAGAAGUUUUUGAUGACCAAGCGCUGCUCGCGGAGGCUGCUGUCCUGCUACCUGCUGUGCCGCGGCCUGACUCUGGUCACCUUGCUGUGUGCAUGCCUCUACCUGGGUUACUACCUCAGCCUGGCCUCCGUCACAGAUGACUUCGGCUGCCCGCUGCGAGUCGGACUCCUCACCAACGACACCAGCGUCCCUGAAAGGGUGCAGUGUAAGCUCAUUGCUGUAGGAGUCUUCUUUUUGCUCAGCCUGGUCAACUUGAUCGCCUUCAUCGCACUUAUCCCCGUCGUGAUCUACGCUGGUCUCCGCCCCCUCUUCUGCCAGGGAUACGCCCACUUCCUGGAAACUUACCAGUCCCUUCCCACUGUGAGCGUCCUGCCCAAACCCGAAGGCCAAUGGGAUGAUCUCUCGCUCUACCUGCUCUACCUGGAGGAAAACCUCAGCGAACUCAAGUCAUACAAAUACAUGAAGGUGCUGGAGAUGUUGAGGAAACGAGGCGAACGAUCCGGAGAAGAUUUUGACAUCGUGGAUCUUCUGAAGACGCUCUGCCUUGUGAAGACGGACACUACGGACGGGAAAAAAUUGGCUGAAGUGAAACUGGACGAGGUCAAAAUGAAUGUGGGCGACACUAACGAUGGAGAGAAGAACAGCGCUGGUCGUCCAAACUCUGGAAACAACACUAAGAUGGAAACAGAGAUGGAAGAGUUAAUUCGUCUGCUGCCGGGAAGCAGUGAUGCGACAGGAGGCGGCAGAUCAGAGGGCGGGGCUGUUCGUCAGCGAGCGAUGUGAUUGGCUGAAGUGGAGCUCGGCAACGUGAUGGAGCCAUGAAGAUCACGUGUUUGAGGACGUGGAACUGACGGCGUUUAGUCCUUUCUAAAGACGACAGAACAAGGUGACGAAUAAAAACUGAAAGUUGUACAGAUUUCAGUUCCACUGAAUCAUUUAGAGCCACUGAUUGUAUUUGAAUAACACACAAAAAAAAUGAAAUAUAAACGUCUUUAGUCCUAAAG